CCUUCGCCGACUCUCGCGAUCCCUCACACGCUCACUAGCCUGUCGUUUGUUUUGUUACCAUUGCGCGCGGGCAGCCAGGCGCCGCGGGUACGUUUUUACGCACGGCAACGGUUGUGUAAACGGGAGUUUGAUGCGAGAGAGAAGAGGGCGGUCAGAGUGUGACGGUAUACCGCGCGCCUGGCGCAACUCACACUCCUCAGACUGGUAGACUGCGUCUCGCACGUGUGACUGAGUGGUCGUCCAGGGCAGAGGACACGCAUGUUAGUAGGGUCCUCUGUGCACUUGCUGCAGGCUUUGGUGAUGCUAUGCCUCGGAAUCACAGCGGAGAGGAAGGCGGCACCGGGCUCUGGAUGAGGACGUCGCCAGGGCACUGCACUGAAGACUACGGCUUGAACGAUGUGGAGUCCGGGCGAAAGAUGAUGAACAACGCAGGGGACGGUUUACUGUCGCCGACCAGCACCGCAGGUGCCGGCGGGUCGGACAGCCUGACGGCGAAGCAGGGGGCCCGACUCAGCCUGCUGGGAAAGCCGCUCAUAUACAGCGCGCACAGCGGCCGGAGGAACGUGCGCUACCGGCGCCUCCAAAACUACCUGUACAACGUGCUGGAGAGACCCAGAGCCUUGGCGUUCAUCUACCAUGCGUUUGUGUUCAUCUUGGUCUUCAGCUGCCUGGUCCUCUCUGUGUUUUCCACCAUCCCGGCUCAUCAGGACGUCUCCUCCCACUGCCUGCUCAUACUGGAGUUUGUGAUGAUUGUGGUGUUUGGGUUGGAGUACAUCAUCCGUAUCUGGUCAGCUGGAUGCUGCUGUCGCUACAGAGGAUGGCAGGGUCGACUGCGAUUCGCCAGGAAGCCCUUCUGUGUCAUCGACAUCAUUGUGCUGAUAGCGUCGGUGGCGGUGGUGUCGGCGGGCAGCCAGGGCAACAUCUUCGCCACCUCCGUCCUGCGGAGCCUGCGUUUCCUUCAGAUCCUUCGCAUGGUGCGAAUGGACCGAAGAGGAGGCACCUGGAAGCUGCUGGGUUCGGUGGUCUACGCACACAGCAAGGAGCUUGUAACCGCCUGGUACAUCGGCUUCCUGGUUCUCAUCUUCUCUUCCUUCCUCGUCUACCUUGUGGAGAACAAGUUCAACAAGGAGUUCGCUACCUACGCAGAUGCCUUGUGGUGGGGCACGAUCACCCUGACAACCAUCGGCUACGGAGACAAGACACCAAAGACGUGGACAGGACGGAUGCUGUCUGCUGGCUUCGCCCUCCUGGGCAUCUCUUUUUUUGCUUUGCCAGCAGGGAUUCUGGGCUCAGGCUUCGCCCUGAAGGUCCAGGAGCAGCACCGACAGAAGCACUUUGAGAAGCGGAGGAACCCAGCCGCCUACCUCAUCCAGUGUGUUUGGCGUAGUUAUGCAGCUGAUGAGAACUCGGUUUCCAUUGCUACCUGGAAGCCUCACUUGAAGGCGUUGCAUACCUGCAGCCCUACAAAGAAGGAGCAGGGAGAGUCGACCACCAGCCAAAAGUUGAGCUUCAAGGAGCGGGUGAGGAUGGCAAGCCCCCGUGGUCAGAGCAUCAAGAACAGACAGACCUCCUCGGUGAACGACCGGCGUUCCCCGGUGACUGAUGCUGGUACAGAGGGCACCAGUCCUGCCAAAGUUCAGAAGAGCUGGAGCUUUAAUGACCGCACACGCUUCAGACCUUCACUCCGCCUCAAGAGCCAGUCCCGCUCCACCACUGAUGCAGCAGACUCCAACAUGACAAUGGAGGACGGCUUCGAUGAGAAAGGCUGUCACUGCGAGAUCUCGGUGGAGGAUUUACAGCCAUCAGUCAAGACAGUCAUACGAGCUGUUCGGAUAAUGAAGUUCCAUGUAGCCAAGAAGAAAUUUAAGGAGACGCUGCGUCCUUACGAUGUGAAGGACGUGAUCGAACAGUACUCUGCAGGUCACCUGGACAUGCUGUGUCGCAUCAAGAGCCUGCAGACCAGGCUGGACAUGAUAGUUGGGCCUCAGGCCCUCAGCAGAAGAGCCAAGACCAUUUCCUCCCCUUUCCUGAAUGUUGAUUACAGCAAGGGGAGAAAGAACUCCACCCAGGGGGUGGACCAAAUCCUUGGUAAGGGCCAGAUCCCUCUAGAUAAGAAGAUCAGGGAGAAGCUGCUGUCUGAUGGAGAUAUUUUGGAGGACAUGAGUAUGCUGGGUCGCGUCUGUAAGGUGGAACGGCAGGUCCAGUCAAUCGAGUCGAAGCUGGACUCCCUGCUGGACAUUUAUCGUCAGGUUUUACGUAAAGGCUCCUCCUCGGCCCUCACGCUCUCCUCUCUCCCUCUGUUCGAACUGGAGCAGACCUCCGACUACCACUCCUCUGUCUUCAGCAAAGAUUUCCCCAGUUCCACUCAGGGCAGCGGCAGCGGAGUUCCUCCCCCUGGCGGCUUUGUCACACGCUCCUCGACCAACUCCCACCUUUCCCAGGGAGGACUCAACCUCAUUUUGGGACCUCCAAAUGAGCUCAAUCUCAAUUUCAACGCCUCUUCUUCCACGCCUCCCUCCGGCCUCCCAUCUUCCUCUUUUAGCCCAUCGCCAUUGCCUCAUCACCACCCCCAUCAUCAUCGUAUGCAGGCUCAGGCCAUCUCACCUGAAAGUGAUGAGGCUGUGGGGAGCUCUCCUCCUCUCCUCACCCCUAACAGUACCAGUAGUUCAGUGGGCAGAGGAGUGGGACAUGGAGGGUUUCCUCUUCUGCCCAGGCUUCCACCGCCCCCUCCCAGCCAUAGCAGUGGCCCAGGCAGCUUGGUGCAAGCAGCGUCUCACGACGCAUCCCCCGACAUGGAAGACUUCUGUGGAGGUCUAGGCAGGCAGAUGGAGGACAGCAGUGUGGGCCUGGAGUUGGGGCUGAGCAGGUUUGGGUUAAAAGGGAGCACAAAUGGCAGCAGUCGGCUUAACGCGAAAGAGGAGGGCUCCUGGAGGAGACAUAUGAGCCUGGAGCUGGAGCCCCUGGUGCCACCGGCCCCGGGCUGCUGUUCUGGGCCUGUCCAGAUGGACCGCGGACUUGGCAAGUCCAUUUCCGUGCAGGAUCUGAUGCAGGUAGCCCCUGUCCAGGAUGCCCAUCACAGCCACAGCCUGUCAUCUCCAAGCCCCAGCACAAGCAGCGACUCCCCCUUCGGCUUCCACAGCAGCAGCCAAGACCCAGGGGGGGGAGGCGAUGGUGUGGGAAGAAGAGGUGGAGGCGACUGGGGGGAGGAGGACCUCUUUAUUAGUGACAGGGACAUGGAGGUGCAGGGAUUUGACUUCCUGUCCCAGGGGACUGCUGAGGCUCACACCUACUCCUCAGAGCUCCUGAGGACAGGGGGCAGAGCAGGGGGAGGGUCUCGGGGCUCAAACCAAAGCCUGGCCAGCGGUCUCACAUCCUCCCCCACCACUGGCAGCACUGAAUUGCUGAACAUGCCACAUGUACGGCUAAAAUAGACCCAGCUUCAUGCUUGGAAGAUGCACAAAACUCACCUCAAAGAGACGGUUUUUAUCUUUUUUGAAGGGAA